CUGGUAGUUUGUUAACGUUGGCUUCAUUUUUAAAAACAAUAACAACUCUGCCGACAACUUGAUAAUUAGCAAUUAAAUGCUAUUUUUUUUGGCGUUAAGACAUUUGAAGUUUGAUGUAAUACUGUUAAGUACAAUUCUUUUCAAGGUAGAAAUGAGAUAACCACUGAUUCCUUAAAUGUUUGUGCCAUACAUGUAGUAUCAGCAUGUCUGGAACUCCGCCUAUACCAGAGCGAGUGGACAGUUUACAGAUUGACCAGCUGCCAUCUUUACCUACGAGCCCUCCUGUAACAGAAUCAGACAAUAAUGCAGAUUCACAGGGAGAAGACUCGCUGAGUAUCGAGGCCAGCAUUGUUGAUUAUGAAACUCCAAACUUUUUUAGGGAUACAUACAAAACUUUGAACAAUUUUCGUGACAAAGGUGAACUGUGUGAUGUUGAGAUACAGUGUGGGCAGAGAUCUUUCAAAUGCCACAGAAUUCUUCUGGCAAGCAUCAGUGGCUAUUUUCGGGCCAUGUUUAUGGGUAAAAUGGCUGAAAGUAAACAAAAUGUGAUAAAAAUACAGGAUAUUGAUGAGAAUAUACUGGAGAAUAUGAUAAAGUAUGCUUACAGUGGAAAAGUGACAAUAACUGUAGAUAAUGUACAGGGUGUUCUGUACGUGGCAUCUAUUCUACAGAUUGAAAAUGUUGCUCAUGCUUGUUCUGAGUUCAUGAAGGAGCAUUUACACCCAGACAACUGUGUUCAAGUCCACGGUUUUGCAAUGCAGCAUAACCGAGAACAACUUAUCAGGUACACUCAAGAAUUCAUUACAGAUAACUUCAAUGAGGUUUCUAAAACUCCAGAGUUCAUGACCAUGUCAGCUGAUGUGAUAGAUGGAAUUGUGAGCUCAAGUACCUUGAAUGUAUCAAGAGAAGAGGAGGUUUUUGAAGCUGUUAUGCAGUGGAUUAAUCAUGACAAGGAAAACAGAAAACAGCACUUGCCUAGAUUGUUAGGAAAAGUGAAGCUACCGCUUAUCAGUACUCAUUACUUGAUGAAUAAUGUAGCAACAAAUGAACUUGUUAGAAGUAAUCUGGAUUGUAGAGAUUUUCUUGAUGAAGCCAAAUAUUAUCAGAUGUACAUAGGGAACCUGUUGACUGACAUGACUCUCUCUGACAGAACACGCCCCAGGAAGAGUUAUGCAGGUGUGUUGUUUUGUGUUGGAGGACGUGGUGCCUCUGGAGACCCGUACAAGACAAUAGAGUGUUACCAUCCAAUGAAGGACAGAUGGUACCAGGUGACAGAGAUGCAUAUAAGAAGGCGUCAUGUUGGCGUCUGCUGCUUCAAUGGUCAGAUAUAUGCUGUAGGAGGUCACAAUGGAAGUAAACAUUUAGGGAGUGGUGAGGUAUUUGAUCCCACCACAGCAAAGUGGAGGAAGAUGGCAUCAAUGGUGACACAGAAAACAGGCGUCCGUGGUUUAGGUCUGGCAUGUCUUGGUGGUGCAAUAUAUGCUGUUGGAGGGUUAGAUGACAAGACAUGUUUUGAUACAGUGGAACGUUAUGAUCCGGUUGCUAAUAGCUGGACACAGGUUGCCUCGAUGAAUUUACCGAGAGGGGGUGUUGGUGUAGCUGCAUUAAAGGGUUACCUGUAUGCUAUUGGAGGUAAUGACGGAUCUUCGUCACUCAACAAAUGCGAAUGUUAUGAUCCAUAUGUGAACAAGUGGACUAUUGUUGCAUGUAUGGGGAACAAGAGAGCUGGGGCUGGUGUGGGUGUACUUGAUGGAUAUAUUUAUGCUGUUGGUGGCUUUGAUGAUAAUGCUUCCCUGGACACAUGUGAGAGGUUUGAUCCUCGUUCUGGCAAGUGGACCCCUGUAGCGAGCCUGUCAUGUCCUCGUGGAGGUGUAGGUGUUGCAGCACUAGGUGGCAGGUUGUAUGCUGUUGGUGGUCACGAUGGUUGUAACUAUCUCAACUCUGUGGAAUCCUACAAUCCUAUCACUGACAGUUGGGAAAAGGAAGCCAAUAUUGAGAUAUCUCGAGCUGGCGCUGGUGUGGUUUUAUUACCUGGACCUGUGUCCCUCAUUCCAGACAGUUCCGAGCUUAAUUAUUUCACAAAUUGUGGGGGAGCAGCUGGAAAACUUUGACCGGAAUGAAUGGAACACGUGCUGGGGCGGGGCUUGCUGCCUGUCCAAUGACCAUGGCAACCUUCUUCAAUGUCAUCAACAAUCCAUAUACUGGACCACUUUAAAUUAUUCCAAAACUACUUAUUUACAAUACAGGCAGUUAAACAUUCAUCAAGCCAUCAUUUAAGCUGUUCUUCUUCAUGUUCACCAGGAUUGAUAAUUACAUCUAAAUGACAGUCUGUGUUCAGGGACUUGGAAAAGGAGGAAAUUCUGCCAGACAUCUUCUUUUUUCAAGCCGCUUCAAAUAGCCAAAAUCUUAUCAAAUUAUCAUAGAUAUUAGACCAUGAUUAUAUUUAUCACAAAACUCUACAGUUGAGUUGGGGCAACACAUCAAGUGAUUUGACUUUUAAAACUGUAAGACUCGCAAAAAGUUAAUUUCAUAAAUUUUUGAAUUCAUGCUAAUUAAUAGAAGAUAUGUUACAUACCGGUAAUAUAAUUGAUAAUUGGAAUUUCCUAUGUAAAGCAAAUGUAAUUCUACAGUUACUCUGACGAUAAAAGAUUGAUUAUUGGAAAAAAAUGAAGAAAAAUUAAAGUAAUGUUUUGAUCUUGAUAUACAUGUACUAACAUAUAGCUUAACUUAGCAUGACAUACACAUAUAUGUAAAAUUCUUUUGAUCAUGUGUAUGUCAUUACACUGACACAUAUAUACAUGUAAUUUUUUAAAGAAAUGCUUAUCUAUAUUUAUUUAUAUAAUGAAAAAUAUUUGGAAAAAAAAUCUGAUCUAUAAUGUAAUUGAUUGCCACAUACUAUAACAUAGCUGUAAAUUAGCUGUAUGUAUAAGUGCUUUAUUGUGCCAUCUUUUGUUAUUGUCAUGUUUAUAUUGUGUAUCUUGAAGAUUCAUAAUGUGAUAUAUAAUUUGUUAUUUCAGUUAGUGCUUUGUAAAUUGUAGAUAAAUAUAUAAUGAGCUUUGAGCAAGAUGGUAGCUGCUUCUGUGAAGCAUGUUAAAAUAAAUGUUUUGCAGUUAGCUCUCAAUACUAGUAUAUAUAAGAUUUUUUUUCAUUCUUCGGCUAGAAGUGCUUGUCAGAUUGGGCAAAAGGUUUUUAAAUGGGUUUUUAACUUUUUUAGAGCUCAGAUUUAAAAUGUGAUAAUUAUUUUACAAACUUGCUCUAUUUUGCAUGAAAUCCAGUAAAUAGUUAGUUUUAAAAUUUAGAUUAUUGGUUUAUUUAAUUGAUAUGGGCGAAACAUGAAUUUAAAGUGGAAUAUAACAUUCCAGAAUUUUACCUUGAUGAUGAUGAUCCAAGGAGCUUAUCAGUUGUGACACAAUCUAAGAAAACUUUGCUGUUAAAUUAACUGAGCUUAAUAUUGGCAUUCAAUUUUUAGAACAAAAAUCGAAGGAAAAAAUAAAAUUGAAUGUAAAAAUUAAUUAUUGUUAUAGGAUCUAAAAUUUAUUGUCAUUUGAUAUACAAUUUUAUGAAACAUACUCAGGAGAACUUUUGUCAAGCUUAAUAAUAUUUUUCCUCAGACAAGUUUCAUACAAUAUGAAUAAAAAGGUUGGAGGGGGAACAGUACAUCAAAAACAACACCCUGGUUUAUAUUUUAACUACCAGUAGCGGUUAAGAUAUACAAGUAACCUUCAUCAGGUUAUCAAAAAGUUUAUACUAAAUCUCAAGAAUGUCAAGGUCCUUUUAUCAGAAGACUUUAUUCUAAUCAUUUUUUUUUUCAUUAUAAACAUUGAUUUACCAUAGAACAAAUGGGACAAUUAUAUUAUAUGAACAAGUAUGUAAUAUAAAGAUAUUUGUUAUAGAUAUAUUUCUUAGAAAACAAGGGAAGUCACGUGAUUAAACAAAAUAUCACUGAAAAAACAGUUUAUGUGUCAAACUAAAAAAUUACUCGAACUAAAAAAUCACAGUGAAGGGUCCCCAUAUUACCUUUCCUCAAAAUUCAUACCAGCUUUAAAUCUGUCAGCCAUAGUGCUACUUAACUGUUAAAGCCUAUGUCACAUUUUUGCAAGCAAGUGCUACACAAUUUUACUAAUUGAAUAUGUCAUGUUGAUUAGUGUCAGCACCAUUUUACAGUGCAAAUUAUUUAUAUUUAUAUAUAUUUUAUAUUGUAAUGUUUAGUAGAUCACUUUAUUUAUUGAUUAUAGUAGUACAAUAUAGGGUAGUAUACAAUAUUAAUGUAGUAAACAAAACACUAGAGUUAUUAAUGUGUAAUGUCUUGUGUACAGUGUAUGUGUCCUUUAAUUUUCUGUUUAGUUAAUACAGCCGUUUUAGAAAUAUAAAUUUUUAAAUUAACAUAUUAUGUAAAAAAAACUUGUUAACUUAGCAGCAUCUUAUGUUUGACCUCUAUUGGUUUACAGUACAUACAUGCUGAAAAAGUAAUAUGAAAUCAAUCACUUUGAUGCUUAAUAUCUUGAUUUUAUAUACAUGGAUAUUCCAUGGAACUUAAGAAAAAAAGAGAUAUUAUCAUGGUUUGAAAUGAAAUUGGUUACUCUUAUGAAUAUCAAGCAUUCAUCAAUAUAGUCUAGUUGUACAGCAUUUGUCUGUCUGUUAACUUGGAGACUAAGGAAGUCGACUACACUGCCUGGAAUAAUAAACCUAGAUUUUAAUCAGUGGUUUCUUUCAGGGUAAUUUUCAAUUUUUUGACAAAUAGCAUUUGAUUUUAAAUAUUGUAUGAAUUUUUGCUCAUCGUUUACAGUGAACAGGUUAAAUAUUUCAGGAUUACUAACACAGUUCUGUCUCAAAACUGGAGCUCAAUUGUUUUGCUAACUACUGUUUGUUAAUUGUGUAUGUUUAAUCAUGUUGAUUAUAUUUUUAUAUUGUAUAUUGUAUCAAAGGUCACAUGUUGUUGUACUAUUUUUUAACUGUAUUCACAUCCAUGAUUUAGAGAAGAAAGGGAAGUUUUUGUUAAGACUUUGCAGUUUACACAGUGAUGAAAGUGUUGUUUACAAAAUUUCUAUACUAGUAUUUAGUCCGCAAUAUUGACCCAAGACUGAUUCUUCAUUACUGUAGAUCUGGUUGUAUUCCAGUUACAUUUACUUUUGCUUAUAUCCGCAAAAAACAUUUACAUUGUGAAUUCAUAGUUAACAAAUAUGUAUGGCACUACUUUGCAAGUAUCAAAAUAUUGUUAUGUCAUUAAUUCUUCUCUUUACAAGGAUUAGCUCUGUUAUUUUACUAUGAAAUAGUUUUAUUUCAAUAGCUAAAAUAAGUUGUUUUUCAUUUGUAACUAAAAUACAAACUGAUUAAAUCAAAAACAAGCAUAAAUUAUUACAAGUGAUUUUAAAAAAUAUAAACCAGUAUUAAUAAGGUCCAUCUCUUCUAACAAAUUUGCGACAUAUAGUACAACGAUGUUAUUUUAAAGACAACUAUUGUAAAUUUUUGGUUUAUUGAUCUAGGAAAAAUAGCAUAAGAAGUUAAUUUGUUUAAGGGGAAAAUUAAAAUUAACUCUUAGUCAUCAUAUAUGGCUAGCAACAGGUCAUAUACAUUAUACAAAUAUUCUAAGAAUGUUCUAAUACCUGUUGAUUUUAACCAAGCUCUUUUAUAAUUACAAGUGAUUUGCUGCCAUUAGUCAUGGACUACAUUUUUUUCAAACUUUUCAAGUUUACACCACCAACCUCCAAUAUUGAGGUCCCCUUGUUCUAAGUAAUACAUAACUGUUUCGACAAACCUUAAAAUUUACGUGUUCUACUUCUGAAACCGACUAUGCUUGAGUUAGGGUCACAGAAUAUUCAAAUGUCUCGGGGUCAAUAUUACAAGCAUUAGCUUCUCAUUUAUCAAAGAGAUUUGCAAUAAUUGCCAAGUAAUUGCCGCAUGUCCUUUUAAACACUACUAUUUAUAUUAUAUUAUAAUUUAUAUAUCAAAUCUAUAUUUAUACUAUUUUUUCUUUUUGCUAUUUCUUGCAAAAAGCUAAACUUUAUUUUCUUGUUAUAUAUUGUUUUAUAAAAUUUCUUGGGGUACAAUUGUUUAUAAAUAAAUGGCUAAUUGGUGAA